AUGUCCUACUUCAUGUCUCCACAAACCCAUCCAGGCCGUCUGUCAGCUGGCCCAGGUGGGGCUGCUUCUCCUGGUUCAUCCCUUGGCCUCUCUGGUCCUGCAGAGCCAGUGGUGAUGGCCUCUGGUGGACUAGGCCCACUGAGCCAAAAACCUGAGCAGCUGGUACCCGCUGCCCAAACCUGGAGCCCCACCCUGGCAGUGCCUGAAGCAAGGGGCUGCCCUGGGGGCCCCAGCUGGGAGACACUUCGGAGGAAGGAAUACAGCCGAUACUGCCCCCAAUUCCCGGGGAGGCCGCCCGAGAGCUUGGGCUGGGAGGAUGGCAGCUCCAGAAACAAAGUUUCCCGUCAGGGCGGCCCCAGCAGGCCUGUGCUGCUGUGGGGGCUGGCCCCGGGGGUUCUGCCCAGGCCCUCUGAGCCAGGGGGCAAGGAGGCUGGCACCCAGCCCGAUAUCUGCAUUCUCACCCUGGCUAUGAUGAUUGCUGGCAUCCCCACGGUACCCGUCCCAGGCCUUCGGGAAGAGGACUUGAUCCGGGCGGCUCAGGCGUUCAUGAUGGCCCAUCCGGAGCCAGAGGCCGCUGUGGAGGGGGCCCAGUGGGAGCAGGCACACGCCCAUAUAGCCGCUGGGCAGAUGCCCCUAGUGAGAGCCAGGAGGGGCCAGCCUCCUGGCUCCUGCUUAUAGCUGGAUGAAAUAGCACCACACAA